AUGAUAUGGAUAUGGAUAUGGAUAUAAUGAAAAAUGAUCCUGCAGUUUUUGCUAAUAUGUCUUUUUUGUCACCGGAAAUUAAAGAUUACAUCUUCAAAUUUGGUCCUUGUCAACCAAUUUUACCUGAUAAAUCAAAAUGCCAUCGUGAUUGGUUGUCCUAUUCAUUAAGCAAAAAUAAAAUUUUUUGUAUACAUUGCAUGCUUUUUGGAACCAAUUUGCAUAGUAAUUUAGAAAAAUCUUGGACCAAAGAAGGAUUUAAUAAAUGGAAAAAUUGUUCAUUUGCUAUUCAAAGACAUGAGUUAACUCCAGAUCAUGUMACAUCAUCUUUAAAAUUUAAGUUACGUCAAAAGAAUUUACCAAUUUUACCUUCAAUUGAAAAUAAUAGAAAAACUCAGAUAGCAAUGAAUAGAAAUGUUUUAUUAGAGCUUAUAGACAUUGUUAUAUACAUGGGACGUCAUAAUCUGGCAUUUCGUGGGCAUUGUGAGGAUUGGUCUUCAAAUUCCAGAGGUAAUUUUAAGGACUUAGUUAUACUAAUGUCUAAAAAUUCAGGACCAUUAGCGGAACACAUAAACCGUAUUCAACAAAAUGGAAAACAUGAAACAUCUUUUGUUUCAUGGCAAAGACAAAAUCAGCUGAUUGAAGCUAUUGCCGAAGAUAUUUCUUUUCAAGUACGAUCAUUUAUUAAAGCUGUUAAAAUGUUUAGCAUAUCAAUUGAUACCACAUUUGAKGAAUCUCGUAAGGAACAAAUAUCAUUUAUAAUACGAUAUGCUGAUGAAGUUACCGGUGAGAUUCAUGAAAGACUAUUAGCAGUAAAGGAAUCACCAGUUACAUCUGGAAAAAAUGUAUAUGAUAUUUUUGUAAAUGUAAUGGAAGCUGAAAAUUUAAAUUGGAAAGAAGAGUUGGUUGGUCAGUCAUAUGAUGGAGCUAGCAAUAUGCGUGGUAACUAUAAAGGCCUCCAAGCACGUAUUAAAUCAGAAAGCCCACAAGCAUUAUUUGUUUGGUGUCACUCACAUCGCUUAGCUUUGGUAGUAAAACAAGCAGUAUCGUGUAACUCCAACGCUGUUGAUUUAUUUGGGAAUUUAGAAACUCUCUAUAUUUUUCUUUGGUGUUCAAAAAAAAGAGCAGCGAUUUUCAGAGAAAUYCAAAUUGAAUGUGGUAAAAUUGAAGGUAAAAAAAAUCCAUCGCAUGCAGUUAAGAGA